GCGCAUUAAGUUUUUUCAGACGUCCAUCAUGCUCGUGGCGCAUGAUUCUGCACCGCAAGUGUUUUCUCAUCCUCUCCACGUGGUGUGACGCACGGCAUCAUCUCAAUAGCACGGGUGAAAAUCCACCCGUUUCCAAAUCCACCUCCACCCGUCGGACAUUUCGGAAGGGAAUCUUUCAGUGACUGAAUCUUUCUGCAGGUGAAUAAGUAAAAUGAAGAAGAAUAUGAGCUUGGCGUUUAUCAUGGCCCUCUUGGUCGUGAUCAAUGGGGGAACUGAUACGGACGAGAAAAGAGAUUCCCAGCAAUCAAGAGAGCCAGCAAAGCCAGAGCAGAGGGGAAUAGAGCAGAGCAAUGAGACCGCGAUGCCCAGUGGAACUGCCAAUGACACGACCAAACGCGAUUGCCAGCCAGAUUGUCAGCCUUCGAAGGAGCCAACAGGGUCAGAGCAGAAAGAAAUGAAGGAGAAACUCCCGUGCAUCGAGGGAAAUGCCGUGAUUGCUGGUGGAGCUGUCAACGAUACAGCCGAGGAAAGAGAUUCUCAACCAUCAAGGGAACAGGCCGAACCAGAACGGAAAGAAAAGAGCGAGAUGAAUGCGUGCAUGAAAGAGAACGAGGGAGCGCUGGCGGAUCCUCCACCCGGGCCAGUUCCGACGGAGACGCUGAUCGAGGUCUGCACGUUUCCUCCACCCGAUUGCCUCCGAGAAUGCGGGCUUGUCACCUGCAACUUGGCCAAUUUCUGCGACUGCUCCACCUUCUGGAGGUGCCGGUACGGGUUCAUCCGCCGGAUCCGAAGGCGCUGGGGACUCCUGGUGUCCGGGCCCGGCGUCGUUCUUGAUCGCUUCCUUAGUGGGUCCCACUCGACCGACGUGUAUGACCCUAAUGCCUCCACGCGAACUGCGGUCGAGGAUGAGCGGUUGGGUCCCGUGGAGGAUGCCUGA